AUGCAUAUUAUAAACCAGAACAAUAUUGCAGACGGAAGGAGUUAUCUACAACCGCCGUCAAACAUCGACAGGACUCACUUCCGGUCAUCCUCGACCGAUUCUAAUUGGAAGGAUCUUUUUGGUUCACACUCACGGCUUCCACCAGUAUCAUCGGCAGUUUCAGACGAUGAGGAUGACAAUUGUGCUGAAGACGCGCAGGAAACAUUUGCUUCCGAGGAUGCCUUACCGCUCGGACAUGAAUGUAACAUAGAGGGUUGCAAACGUAUUACUAUCAAUGUCAGCGGACUCAAGUUCGAAACCCAACUCCGGACUCUCAACAGGUUUCCUAACACUUUACUUGGCAACCCUACAAAACGGAAAAAACAUUGGGAUUCGAAACGAAAGGAAUUUUUCUUUGAUCGACACCGGCCAAGUUUCCCAGCUGUUCUGUACUAUUAUCAAAGUGGAGGUCGAUUGAAGCGACCGAUGGAGGUUCCGUCUGAUAUUUUUCUCAACGAAAUACAGUUUUUCGAGCUAGGCAGAUCUGCUGUUACUUCGUACAAAGGGGAGGAAGGAUUUAUUAUCAAUACCAACGAGUCACCUUUGCUCCCCAAACAACCUUUCCAACGGAAGGUCUGGGAGCUGUUCGAGUAUCCCGACAGUUCACUGGCCGCCCGUGUCUUAGCCAUCUUUUCGGUGAUCGUGAUUUUGAUAUCAGUGACGACAUUCUGCGUAGAAACUUUGCCUCAGUUUCACGGCAGCGAGUGUAUCGAUGUUCUUGCAGACAGUUCUGUCAAUAGCAGUAAAGUGGUCAUAAAGAAGGUACCAAACUUCCAGCAUCCUCUAUAUAUUAUAGAAGCAAUUUGCAUAUGCUGGUUUUCAAUUGAACUAGUGUUACGUUUUAUCUCAAGCCCAUCUAAGAGAAGUUUUCUUAAAGAUAUCAUCAAUUGGAUAGACUUUGCAUCAAUAAUGCCUUUUUAUUUUUCAAUGGGGCUAUAUCUGAUCUCCAAGGAAUGUGGUCAGUCAAAAAGCGGCGUCUUGUCGGUAUUACGGGUACUUAGAGUAUCGCGUAUCCUAAAACUAAGUAAGCAUUCUGUAGGCCUUCAGAUUCUAGGAAAAACUAUGCAAACCAGCAUAAGCGAACUGGUCAUGUUUGCUUUGUUUCUUGGCAUUGGGAUUAUUAUAUCUUCCGGUGCAAUAUUUUAUGCAGAGCUACCUGAACCAAACACACAUUUUAAGAGCAUCCCUGAUGCGUUCUGGUGGGCCAUUGUAUCCAUGACAACAGUCGGAUAUGGAGAUAUGUAUCCACGUGGAACAUGGGGUAAACUAGUUGGGGGCAUGACAGUUGUUUGCGGAAUAUUGUCCAUUGCACUUCCGGUUCCGGUGAUUGUGGCAAAUUUCAAUACAUUCUACAGACAAGCACAAACAAGGUCUGUUUGA